AUGCACCGAGCCCUGCGUUCACAGCCGCGCCGCAUUGUGUCGGGCCAGGGCAUCAGCUUCACGCUGGCCGACGGCACCACGCUGAUCGACGCGUCCAGCGGGCCGGGCGUGUCCUGCCUGGGCCACCGCCGCCCGGACGUCGCCCAGGCCGUGGCCGACCAGAUCAACCGGAUCGGCUACGUCUACAGCAUCGGCUACACGUCCGAACCCGCCGAGGAGCUGGCCGACAUGCUGCUGCGGGACCGGCCCGGUGGCCUGGCGCGCGCCAUGUUCUUCAACUCGGGCAGCGAGGCCACCGACGCCGCCGUCAAGCUGGCCACGCAGUACUGGGCCGAGAAGGGCGAGGGUGACCGCCGCCGCAACGUCAUCAGCCGCGCCCAGUCCUAUCAUGGGAACACGAUCGGGGCCUUGUGCGUCUCGGGUCAUCAGGCCAGGCGCCAGAUGUAUUCCGACUGGAUGAGCCACAACGUCUCGUUCGUCGACCCGUGCUAUGCGUAUCGGGCGAAGCCGGAGGGCCAGAGCGACGACGAGUACCUCGCAGGGCUCGUCAAGCAGCUCGAUGAUGAAUUCCAAAGGCUUGGCCCCGAGACGGUGUCGGCCUUCUUUGCUGAGACCAUCAGCGGGACGACGCUGGGCUGUGUCUCUGCUGUGCCUGGGUAUUUCAAAGCCGUUCGGGAGCUCUGUGACAAAUAUGGUGCACUGCUGAUCCUUGAUGAGAUCAUCUGCGGAAUGGGUAAGACGGGGACCAUGCAUGCCUGGGAACAAGAAGAAGGAUUCCGAGGACCAGACCUGCAAACCAUCGGAAAGACGCUCGGUGGAGGCUUCGUCCCCCUCUCGGCAGUGCUUGUCCACGAGAAAGUGUUUGAUGCCUUAGCUGCUGGCAGUGGGGCACUCUCCCACGGUCAUACAUUCCAGGCACACCCUACGGCCUGCGCAGCGGCAAUUGAGGUCCAAAAAAUCAUCGAGCGGGAGAACCUCCUCGAAAACUGCCGGAAGAUGGGCGCUCUCCUCGGAGAGCUGAUGGAAGAAGAGAUCCUGCCACUUCCUUUGGCGAAGACGGCGUUCCCGUUGGAUGAAAACUUCUCCAGCAAGGUGGUCGCUGCAGCGGCGGAGUUGGGACUAAAUAUUCUGGGAAAUUUAGGCAAAACCGGGCCAAUUGACGUGGAACACGUCAUGAUCACGCCGCCAUACAUUAUCACGGAAGCAGAGGUAGUGAAGGUGGUGCAGCUGCUAAAGCAGGCCAUUCAGAAGGCGAGUGAGGCUUAUCUUUAG